GGAUGUGGGAGGAAACCGGAGUGGCCGGAGAAAACCCACGCAGCCACGGGGAGAACAUGCAAACGCCACACAGGCGGGACCGGGAUUUGAGCCAUGGACCUCAGAACUGCGAGGCAGAUGUGCUAACCAGUCGUGCACCGUGCCAAGUAGAAAUGUCUAAAAUGUCUUGUAAAUGACACACCACGCAGAAGAAUGUUGUUGUCAACCCUCCCACUGCAUGAUAAUGAAAAUCACCAAGUAUACUGUAUAAAAUGAAGCGUCAAAAUUGUGAAAAAUCCAGCUGUUCUCUCCCCUCUCGCUACACAAUUGAGUACUACAUCGUUCUUGGCAUGCGUCUCAGCAAUUAUCCUCAAACCUGCAAAUGUAUUCAGAAAUAAAUCUCUGAAUUUAGUUGACAGGGUUUUUAAGUAUGAGUUAGAACGAACUGUUUUAAAUCAGACAAUUCUUUAAAACUUUAUUUCAAAACCAGGAUUAGGCUGCUGUAUUUAAUCUGUACAAAUGCAGUAGUAAGAGUUUCCACAUUUGCUGUAAAACCUGUUACGCUCGUUGAUGCGCACAGUGAAAGCUAACGUUUUAGUCUUCAUGGGGGAAAAAAAAAAGAAAAAAAACGUAAUCAGGAAAUGUGCACACUAUGCAUUUUGUUUAUCUGUAGAGUUUGAUGUUGCGAUCAUCCCCCACUUUCUCUCCCACUGGCGUCUCAACUCGCUCAUGACACCCGGAAAGCCACAAUUUCUACUGCAGUUGUGCAACAUACACUGAAGUUUGUUUUAUUCAUUUAUUGUAAAGCUGUUAGACCACAGAGAAUACUGAUACUUGAAUUAUGAAGCGCUUUUAACAGGCUGCCUUUCCCAUAUCUGUGUCACCCUCAAUGGCUGCUGAUGAUUACAACCCUGUCUCCCUGCGACACAAGUCCAAGAAGAAGAGCCGAGGAGGCAAUGGUGCGAUGAGCAGGAGACGGGUGUCAGUCAAAGAGCUGGGUCAGCCAGACCACCAGGGUUGGUUGUACAAGAAGAAAGAGAACAAAGGCUUCCUGGGUAUCAAAUGGAAGAAGUUCUGGUUCAUCCUGAAGAAGACUGCAUUAUAUUGGUACACAAACCCGCUGGCAGAGAAAGCUGAGGGCUACAUUGACCUCACCAACUUUAUGAUUGACCGAGCCAUUGAGUGCAAGAAGAAACAUGCAUUCAAAGCCUGCCACCCACAGGUCAUGAUGUUUUAUUUUGCUGCUGAGAACCAUGAAGAAAUGAACUUGUGGUUAAAUAAGCUUGGGCUUGCCUCCAUUCAUUAUGAGCCUACAGAACAAAACACAGCAGCUGAGUGUUACAGUGAGGCUAGUGACCAUGAAGAAGCAGAAACCACAGAUAUACCUCCACCACCAUACUGUGAACAGACCCUGCGGGACUCUGUGGCUCCGUCUGAUCCUCCUGGUAGCACACAUCAGGGCACUCUCCCUCCACCAUACUCCUCUGCGGUCCCCAGUGAAGCAAACGGCUCGCAUUCCUCACCCCUCAGUACAAUGACAUCGCAGAGCUCGUCCGCCUCGUCGCUCUCCAAACAGCGUCAGUCCUGGUUGGACCUGGUCGCGCAGGUGUCUCCUGCUCCCACUAGUGAAGCACCAGUGGUGUGCUCAGUCCAGGUGCACUUGCAUCAACAUCCGCCGGACGAGGAAGAAGCGCAAGAGAGGUCGGCUCCUCUUCAGGAGGCUGAAACAGGGUCCAAUGAGGAAGGGGCAGCACAGAGGGAGACUUCAGGUGUUGUGGACAAAGGCGAUCACUCAAACAGCUCUGAUGAGAUGGAGAAGCUGUAUAUCCACCUGAAGGAGGCCAGCCUGUCGCCUAUAGGAGACCGCAAACCAUCCACCAAACGGGAAUUCAGGGCCUCCUUCGUUAAACGCUGCAAAAACCACACUGUCAAUGACAAACUGCAUCUUAUCAGGACACUGAACAGCACAUUAAAGUCGAAACAGGCAGACCUACAGGCACUAGAGCAGGUGCUGUCAGACCCACAGCUGACCUCAGUCAGGUUCAGAGAAUGGAAGGAAGCCAAUGGGCCUUUGGUGCAAGAGAUUUGUGUCCCAAAUGACCAGCAGGUGGAGUCAGAGGCCUCCCAAGAUGCGGCAUCAGCCAUUGCGUCUCCUGUGGCAGAGACCAGUUUAUAAAUGCUCCUCGUGUCUUGUGCUACUGACUUCGGUCACACACGCGCACACACUGCUGUCGAAUUUUCAAGUGAGACUACUGUGGACUUUCAAGCUUUCGUCAACUAACAAAUGGCUCUUUAAAGGAAAACUGUUUUGUUUUUAAUAUUCCUAAAUGGAAUCCGUGCAGCCAUUUUAUAACUAGAGGUUCACAUUACAAUGUGAAAUGCAUCAUAGUAUUACUUUUAGCAUUUGAUUUGUAAGAUUAGCAAACGUUUCAGGUUAUUGCUUUUACUUCCCUGGUGUUUAUGUUUCGGAAUGACGGCGUAUGUUGGUUGCAUUGCUUUCUACAAGAAAACACUUGUUUUUGUUUUGUUGUAUCUUUGAUCUGUUUAGAUGGCGUUAUAGUACUGGAUAUGUUUUAACCACUCUCAGUCUCUUAUUGGUGCUAUGCACCUUCAAUGCCUGUUACUUUUUUUUUUUUUUUUAAACAAACCGUUGAGAAGAAUCUCUUAAGAACUACAGUCUGCACGGACAGAGUAAUCGUGCGUCAUGAAUCAUGAGUUUUCACAUUUGAGAGAGUGAAAGAUUUUUGGACGGUGUAAAGCAGAACAUUUUGUUCUCCAAUGUCAUUUAAAAGGCAGUUAUUUCAUGUAAGUAUAUUGACUUGUUUUUAGUGUGUCAUAAAUUAAACAAAACCAAGCAAAUGAAACAUGUAUACAUCAUUUUAAUACCCACAAAACACUGGCAAUGGUAAACCCUUACUCAUCAAAGUAUAUUUAUCACAUUCUGUAAAACAGAUCCAAACACAGCAUUGUACUAAGUCGCAAACUACAUCAAUGACCUCAUAGAAAUCCGUUUUGUUUACACUGACUGGGGGUGCAGCAUCCUUGGUUCAUUUUUCAGAGCGUUGUGCCUCCUAAAUUGAGCCUGUGACGUAUUUCAAUGUGCACUAUGACGUUCUCUACGUGUGGUGAUCAUGUUUGCAUUCAGGCU